AUGGUGGGAUUGGAAGCUUUAGAAGAAAGAGAGACCCUAGCAAUGAGAGGAGAAAGGGGCUUUGGAAUGGAAGACGGGAUUCAGAGAAAAGGGUUACGAGCAAAGCUAGAAGAAGAGUUUCAUACAAAGGACUUGGGGAUGCUAAAGUAUUUCUUGGGUGUUGAAGUCACAAGGAGUAAGAAAGGAAAAUUAGGAGCAAAGCCUUGUAGUGCUCCAAUGACGCUGAACAUGCACCUUACAAAAGAUGGAGAACUAUUUGAGGAUUCAGAGAGAUAUAGAAGGUUGGUUGGAAAGCUGAAUUACCUUACUAUGACUCGUCCAUAUAUUGCAUAUUUAGUCAGUGUUGUCAAUGCAGAUUGGGCAGGUUCCAAAAUGGAUAGAAGAUCCACUUCAGGUUAUUGUGUUUUCGUUGGCGGAAAUUUGGUUUCUUGGAAGAGUAAGAAGCAGAAUGUUGUGUUAAGAUCCAAUGCAGAAUCAGAAUAUAUGGCUAUGGCCCAAUCUGUGUGCGAGAUAAUAUGGAUUUAUCAGCUCUUGACUGAAGUAGGUCUUAAAACUUCAGUACCCGCAAAAUUAUGA